AUGGAAAACCUCGCGGAGAACGACAUGCUUGUCGACGACUAUGAGCAGUAUCCCGCCGAAAAGACCGAUGUCGUCGUCGUGUCUCGGUCUGCCUCCGACGAGCCCGACUCGACGCCAACUGCCGAUGACCAUGCGGCGAUGAUGGCCCGGGUCCUCCCCAAGAACACCGAUCUCGAAACGCAAGAUGAAGCUUAUAAUACAUGGCGUCUAUCCGAUUGGCGGAAGAUGGAGAAGAAGUCUCACGGCCCGGUCUUCCAGUGUGGUGGCUCGCCUUGGCGCAUUCUGUUCUUCCCUUACGGUAACCACGCCGAACAUGCCUCGUUCUACCUCGAACAUGCGUGGGAGGGAGAGCCCCCGGAGGGCUGGUACGCCUGUGUGCAAUUCGCUCUUGUUCUCUCGAACGUGAACGAUCCUUCGAUUUACGUGCAUCACGUUGCAACCCACCGUUUCACCGCCGAGGAAGGUGACUGGGGUUUCACCCGAUUCUACGAUCUCCGAAGUCUGUUUGCCGAUGCGUGGGAAGGCAAAUCUGUCCCGCUGGUCCAGGACGACGAGGCCAAUGUCACAGCCUACGUCCGAGUGGUGAAAGAUCCCACGGGUGUUUUGUGGCAUAGUUUCCAGAAUUAUGACUCGAAGAAGGAGACUGGAAUGGUUGGUUUGAGAAACCAGGGAGCUACCUGCUAUCUCAACUCACUUUUGCAGUCGCUUUACUUCACAAACGCUUUCCGCAAGGCUGUUUAUCAAAUACCGACUGAUCAGGAAGCUUCGCGGGAGAACAGCGCCUGGGCGCUUCAGAGAUUGUUCUAUAACUUGCAGACCAGCGACACUGCAGUCUCGACUACCGAGCUCACAGCGUCUUUCGGUUGGCAAUCUAGCCAGAUCUUUGAACAGCAGGAUGUACAGGAGCUCUCGCGAAAGCUCAUGGAGCGAUUGGAGCACAAGAUGAAGGGCACUGUAGCCGAGAAGGUUCUGCCAGAUCUGUUCGUGGGAAAAACAAAAACAUAUAUCUCCUGCAUUAACGUUGACUACGAGUCUUCUCGCGUGGAGGAUUUCUGGGACAUUCAGCUUAACGUUCGAGGCAACAAGACCCUAGACGACAGUUUCAGAGAUUACAUCCAGGUCGAGACUCUUGAGGGAGAGAACAAGUACGACGCCGGGCAGCCGUAUGGUCUGCAAGACGCCAAGAAGGGCGUCAUUUUCGAGAGCUUCCCUCCAGUUUUGCACCUUCACCUCAAACGUUUCGAGUACGACCUCAACUUGGAUAUGAUGGCCAAGGUCAACGAUCUUCACACAUUCCCCAUGGAAUUUGAUGCCGCUCCUUAUCUUUCCGAGGGUGCUGACAGGUCGGAGUCUUGGGUUUACCAAUUGCACGGAGUCCUCGUUCACAGUGGUAACCUGGAUGCCGGGCAUUACUAUGCCUUCAUCAAGCCCAGCAAGGAUGGCCACUGGUACCGCUUCGAUGAUGACCGAGUCAACCGCGCUACUGACAAGGAAGUCCUGGAUGAGAACUACGGCGACUCCCAGCAGCGCACGAACGGAGCGACUGGAGGCCGGUCUGCCAUUCGCACAAACAACGCUUACAUGCUGGUCUACGUUCGAAAGACGAGACAGGAUGACGUUUUCUUCCCGGUCACAAAGGAUGAUGUGCCCGAUCACAUUGAAAAGCGUCUAUCCGAGGACCGAGUGGAGAUGGCGCGUCGCAAGAAGGAGAGGGAAGAGGCGCAUCUUUACAUGAACGUCGGUGUUUUGACUGACGACACGUUCAAAUCACACCACGGUUUUGAUCUGACCAGCCCAGACUUGCCCGCGGAGGACCCAGCAGUUCCUAAGCAGUACCGCACUCUUCGAGCCAAGAAAGUGAAGGAAUUUGCACAAGAAAUUGCUGAGGAACGGGGUAUCAAGCCGGAAUCAAUUCGAUUCUGGGUAAUGGUCAACCGCCAAAACAAAACCACCCGGCCUGAUCAGGUAAUCCGUGAUCAAGAAGUGACUCUUGAAGAGGCGUAUAACAAAUUCGGCACCAAGGGCAAUCUCUUCCGGUUGUGGAUGGAGGUGGCGUCGUCUCCUGCCGAUGAAAAAGCGUGGUCCGACAGCGAAUCGAUCCUUAUUUUCCUGAAGAACUUUGAUGUGGUGACCCAAACUUUGUCUGGUGUGGGAUCUGUCUAUGUCCGCAAGAGCCAAAAAGUGAUCGAACUUGCCUCGACGAUUCUUUCCAGGAUGAAUUGGCCGGCCGGUACCGAUUUCUUGCUCUUUGAAGAGAUCAAACACAACAUGAUCGACCUCAUGAAGCCCAAGCCGACUUUCCAGCAAUCCGAGAUUCAAGAUGGCGACAUCAUCACUUUCCAGCGCACAGUGAAGGAGUCAGAUCUGCCUCCUACGGCACUAUACACGGAUGCUCGCCAGUUCUACGAUUACUUGCUGAACCGCAUGGAUGUCACAUUCGCCCCAAUCAAGGCCAAUGAAGGUGACGAGUUCACUUUGACUCUCAGCCGCAAGAUGACCUACGAUCAAUUCUCCAAGAAGGUUGCCGAGCACCUCAAGGUGGAGCCUACACAUCUGCGGUUCGCCCCCGUCAUGGCCAGCACUGGCAAGGCCAAGCCUUUCUUCAAGCGGACCAUCAACCAGAAUCUGUCUCAAAUCCUCAAUGGUCAAUACGGUGCUUAUGGUUACACCAUGCACCGCGCAGAUGCUUUAUACUACGAGGUUCUCGAUAUGGCCCUGAGUGAUUAUGAGAGCAAGAAAUUGCUCAAGGUGACAUGGCUCCCUGAUGGAGUUACCAAAGAGGAAAAUGUCGAGGUUUUGGUUUCUCGCAGCGGCACUGUGUCCGAUCUCCUAGCUGCCCUGCAGCAAAAGUUGGACCUCGGUGACGAGGCGAUCCGCGUCGCUGAAACUCACGGUGGAAAACAGUACAAGGAGCUUCGGGAUGACCAGAAUAUUUCAGCCAUCAAUGACUACGCCACGCUGUGCGCUGAGAAGAUCCCGGCCGAGGAAUUGAACCUCGAGCCGGAGGACCGGGUUAUCAGCGUGUUCAGCUUCGACCGCGAGCCGAACCGCACACACGGCAUUCCCUUCAAGUUUGUUGUCAAGCCGGGCGAACUCUUCGCCGAGACAAAGAAACGGCUUUCUGCCCGGACGCAGAUCAAGGGCAAGAACUUCGAGAAGAUCAAGUUCGCUGUUGUUCCCCGGGCGUCAUUCUCAAAUGCGAAAUAUCUCGAAGAUGGCGAUAUCCUGUCAGACGUCGCAAGCGGCCCCGAUGACUUCCUGGGUCUUGACCACGCCAACAAGAGCCGGAGCUUCUGGGGCAAAAGUGAAGGGUUCUUCAUUCGGUAA